AUGACGACAAACAUGAAAUAUAUGACAGCCUGGCGUAGUCUAAAAGUCCCACCUGAAGAGUUGAGACUAGACACCACGUUGAAAUGUGGUCAAGCGUUUAGGUGGAAAGUUUCUGGUGAAAGUCAAUGGUCUUGUGCUCUUAAAGGAAGGUUUAUUACUCUGAGACAAACAGAUUCGGGCAUAGAAUAUCAAUCAUAUUUCCCUAUAACAAAAAAAUCUUCCGAUGAAUGUGAAAUUGAACGUGAAUUUGAACUAAUUGAUAAAUUUCUCACGGAUUAUUUUAACCUAAAUCCAAAGAUUAACUUACGUGAAUGUUAUGAUCGCUGGAGCAUGGCAGAUAAACAUUUUGCCAAGAUAGCUUGUCAGUUUAAAGGAAUUAGAAUAUUACGGCAGGAUCCUGUUGAAAACUUGAUCUGCUUUAUUUGCUCUACUAAUAAUAAUAUCAUUCGGAUUUCUCAAAUGAUCGAGAGGUUAUGUAAUAGAUAUGGUAAUUUGGUGUAUACUUUAAAUGGACAAGAAUAUUAUGACUUUCCUACUUUGGACAAACUUGCAUCGUCAAACGUUGAAUUAGAACUUCGACAGCUAGGAUUUGGUUACAGGGCAAAAUAUAUUACCCAAACGGCAAAAUAUUUGACGGAAAAUUAUUCCGAUGGGGAAAAAUGGUUGUAUUCAUUACGAAAUGUGGAUUAUAAGGAGGCCCAUUCUGCCCUAUUGAAACUUUCCGGUUGUUUAAUGUCUUUAGAUAAGCAUAAUGCAAUUCCGAUUGACACACAUGUCUGGCAAAUUGCUAAACGGGAGUAUGGAUUUAAUACAAAAGGAACAGUCACCAAAACAUUAACCAGUCGGUUAUAUGAAGCUAUAGGAGAUCAUUUUCGGAAUUUGUUUGGAGAUUAUAGUGGCUGGGCUCAUUCGGUAUUAUUCGCCGCGGACCUUAAAGCUUUUCAAGAUAGACAGCCCCUUAUCAUGACUGAAACAUUAUCCAAGAGUGAUUUAGAUUCGCCUAUUUUGAUAGAUUCUGAUAAAAUAGUUAUUACUAAGAAAAAGUCACGUUCUAAAAACAUUCAAAAGGAGUCAAUAUUAUUGAGUAACAAAAGAAUUAGAAAGAAUUAG